UCGUCACCCAUAUCGCCACAGGGUUCAAGACACUUGCCACUCACAGCUAGAGAAGAUAUAGACGUCUGACGAGUCUCGCUUCCCACAUAUAGGCCCGACUAGACAGUUGCAGAGAAGAAUAGACAGCAACGCACAAUGUCGUCCUCAGGGAACCUCGCACAGAUGUUUGCACAGAGUAUGCAACAGCAACAAGGGUCGCAGGAGCUCACCCACGAGCCCCCUAGCGUUUCACAGGCUGUAUACGCCGAAGACGACGACCAUUUCGAAAACACAACGUUCCAGUUGAAGAGAACCCGCUCCAUGGGUCUCCUUGACGAGUUCAUUGCCCCAACAAAGAAACUCCUCGAAGAGCAGGCUCAACAGAAGCAACUACAAGCUCAGCAACAAGAUGAGAACCGAAUAGAAUCCCAGCCGCUUAAGAGCAGGACUUCUUUAGACUUUGACGAGAGCGCCAACUCUGGAGAAUUCAUCGAAAACGUUGACGAUGUACCAGCCAAAGAGGAACAUAAGAAUGUCAACACCGCUCAAAGUGUAAUAACGUAUGAUUAUGACGAAAACGAACUUGACCAUGAUAGCAAACCUGAAACACAUAACGAUGAGAACACCCCUGUGUCUCCGUUGUUGCCCGAUGCAGAGGAGUUUUACCAACCCCAUGAUGAUAAUGACAUCGUUUAUGAACCUUCAAGACACGUUGACUAUCUAUCCCACGACUGGAAAGAGGCAGAUAUCUCAAAGUCUUGGAGAUAUAUCGUGCUCAAACGUAAAGACGUUGCAAACUCUGCUCGAUUGGAAAAUGCCUCAUGGAGAACCUGGGCGCAGGCUAAAUACCACUUGAAGACUGUUAGUCCAGAAUCUGUUAAUUGGUUAAAGGACUCUGAUGUCACUUGGCUCUAUGGACCUAUCUACAAGGAAAAUGGCGAUGAAGAUACGGAGAAGAAGUACGGAUCAGAUGGCGAAUCCUCUGCGCUGAACGCCAUCAAACGGGAAAAGAAGAAGAAACAGCAGAAGCAAGAAAAGGAGCAGAAGUUGAAGCAGAUGCAGCAGAAACCAAGAGUUCUUAAGCCGAUCUUGAAGAAGAGAACUGUAAGUGAAAUGUUGACCCAACCGUCAAUGAUUGUACUGCCUCCACAUCAUCACCAUACUCAGGGGAGAAAAUCGCCCAUUAAUACCGAUUCCAAUAACCCUUCACCGCCUCUGUUUGAGGAUGACUUUGACUUAAUAUCGCAGAGGGUCAACGCACAGUACAAUAAGCAGAACAAACCACAGGCUAUGUCGGUAGCUACUGCAGCUACUGGUAGUGGUAACGGUGAUGGUGUCACGACCCCAGCACAAGAACAAGCACAAGAACAACCAGUGAAGCGUCAUAUUCAUUUCAACGAUCGUGUUGAACAGUGUAGAUCUAUCAAUCCACCAGAUCCAAACGAUGUUGUUGUUAACCAUGAAGUGGACACUGAUGAUUAUUAUGACAAUUAUGACGACAACGAUGAUGACGAUGGGGAUGAUGAAUCUGACGAUUCCGACGAUGAAGGUGGGUUUUUCUUGAGGGUUAAAUCGCCAUCUUCGGCACAGUUACAUGGCAAGGAGUUUUUAUCUAUGAGUGUUUCCGAGGGCAAUGAAGGGUUGAGCAACAACAGUUCCUCUUCUUUGGUUGGAGGACCAUCUCCGUCGAGAUACCAGACAAUUGAGCUGUUGCCUUCAACAACUUUGAACUACGGUUCUGAUUCUGAAAGUGACGAGGAGAAAUUUGUGAUGUCACAUAGAACUAAUACCGGAAGAGGUUACAACUACAUGUACGACUACAACUCGGUUUAUCAAGGGAACACCGACCAUUUGGUGCACAUUGGUAACACUGAUUAUGAAGUUGAAGACCCACCACAGCAUUUGGAAGGUGUUACUAUGCUCGACGUUCCUGAUUGUAUCAAACUAGGAUCCAACCUGGCCGUGGACUCACCUCAACCUCUGAGCAUUGAACAGCGACCAGAGUUCCAGCUUCCAGAGGUGGAACGGACCGAAUCCAACAGAAGUGGGUUUUCUCUCCACGCUGACUCUGACUCUGACUCUGAAUCCGAUAACGAUCAUGCCUCUCAGCAAAGACAAGCCACGAGCUCUCCUGCAGGUUCAGUCACUGGCACAUCAAAGAACAAUAACAUAACAAAAGUCAGCACAUCACCGAGCUACGCUUCUCUAAGUGACGUUGCCGCACAGGGCUACAUUCAAAGCAGUAUAAAGGAUAGCCUUUCAAGCGUGUUUAGAAAAUCACAGACUGAUUUGAACGAAUUGCAGAAGGACUUUAGUGCCUUGAGCUCGGGUUCUGAACAUGAGUCCAAGCAACCUGCGCUUCUGGGCUCCUGGAAAAAAAACUGAUCACCAUUCUCUUCGAAUACAUAAUAACAGGCUUCGAGAAAGCCAAAAGAUAAGUUGGCGUUUUAUAGUAAUGUUGUAUACCUUUUCUUAUACCCAAACCAGUAGCAG